GUCGCCCACUCGACUCCUUGAAGGGUUUGACACACGGAAGUUACUUGUCUUCGCCGCCGCUCGCGCCCCCAAACGAAUGAGAAGAGGCUUGGGAGGAGAAGGGUAGAAAGAGAUGUGGUUUCUCUGCGUCUUCUACCACAGGCUCUUGGACUACAGGAGGCCGGAGGUCGAAUCCCUCGCCGAGCUCUUUGGGGCCUUCGGAGGCGACGGCGGCGGAGAGGAGUCCCCUUCGACGCGCUCCUUGGAAUGGAAGCUCCCGGAGAACCACCACAUAGACUCUCCCUUCCAUUUCGUCUCCCUUCCGUCUGAGGAGAUUGCCAGAAACAUCGCCAACCGUAGUAUACUUGUCAAGGGUUUUUAUGAACUUUGGGGGCAAGGAAGUAGCUAUGAGGAAUUGGAAAAGGCCAUAAAAGAAUUUCCAGAUGAAAGGAAACUGCCAUACUUGACAUCAGACAGCACAUUCCGGAUCACUGUUGAUAGCUUUGGCAAGGUGAUCAGCUUUCAGGAACAGAAUGAACGAAUUCAAGGACUCAACUAUAUACCAUUCAUGGGACGAGUUGAUCUUCGGAAACCUGAGCACAGGUUCUGGCUCAUAGAAACUGAUGAUUAUGGAUCAAACAAUGGCCUUCCUCCCGUUGUUCAGAGGACAAUUUUCUUUGGCCGUGAGGUUGGAGCUGCAGAUAGGAAGCUGUUGCCUACUUACCAGCUGAAAAGUCGCAGGUACCUAGGUCCUACAGCUAUGGAUGCUGAAAUGGCCUUUCUUAUGGCUAAUCAAGGCCUUGCACAACCAGGCAAACUUGUUUAUGACCCAUUUGUUGGAACUGGGAGCAUACUGGUUGCUGCUGCACAUUUUGGAGCGAUGACAAUGGGUGCAGAUAUUGAUAUAAGAGUAGUACGUGAUGGGCGUGGACCAAAUUGUAAUGUCUGGAGCAAUUUUGAACAGUAUAAUCUGCCAAUGCCAAUUUCUUUGUUGAGAGCAGACAAUAACAUGCCCCCUUGGCGCUCAGGUCUAAAAGAGGUAUUCGAUGCUAUAAUAUGUGACCCACCUUAUGGAGUCCGUGCUGGAGGUCGGAAAUCUGGUGGCCGGAAAUUGCUGAGAGGCACAGUUGGUCCGUACACUGUUCCAGAGGAGAAAAGGCUUGACCACAUACCAUCAACUGCUCCGUACAGUUUAGCAGAGUGCAUGCACGAUCUUCUCGACCUUUCUGCAAAGUUGCUGGUGAUGGGUGGGAGGCUCGUGUUCUUCUUCCCUGUAGUAAGGGAGGAUGGUUUGACUAAUGCACAGUUUCCUGAGCAUCCUUGCUUCACCUUGAUCGCGUCCUGUGAGCAGAUACUUAGCCUACGGUAUAGCCGUUAUUUGUUGACCAUGGUGAAGACAGGUGCUUAUACUGAAGAAAUCAGAGAAUCGGCUCAGAAAAGGCACUUGGAGUUCAAGGAGAACCAUCUCAAAUGGUUAGAAGAUGGUAAUCUUCACUCUGCAGUAUUCAGUCCGGCAGACUCUCAGGAAGCUUUGGGUGCCAAGUCCAACAAGUUUGACAGAGAUUCAAAACCAAAAUACAGAGGCAAGUACGUCUGAUGGAAUGGCUGGUCACAAACAAAGGUCGGUAAGAGGCUUAUCUUUAGAUUCAUGUUUCCUCUGAUGACAGUGGCAGGAAAGCUCUUGAAAUCCAUGUUUCCGUUGGUUAUAUUUGCGGAAAGACAUAACAUAGUGAUCUCGAUGUCUGUAUUAUAUUCAGGCCUCGAUGCUGCCUGUAGUUCCAUUGCCUGUUGAUUCGUGCUUGAUCAAGCUGGCAUAUCUCCAAGGCAAUUCUACCUACAUAGGUUAGUCUAAAAUUGGCACUUAUCAGAGACUAUGAAAUUUCACUGUGUAAUGCAUCUUUUUCUUGAACCAGAACUUCUUUUUCACCACUGUUUGAGCUGUUGUCGAGAAGCUUAAUUGUAUACUCUGUGCUGCUGAUGA